GGACGUUGAGGGCGCAUUCAUAAGAUAAGUGUGCAAAAUUUGACACAUUUUUCGUGGUUUUCGUCGUGAUUCACAGUCACCGUUCGGAAGGAAGGUGCCAACUGCCAAUAUAUAUCGAGAUGAUGGUGUAGGACUUUAAUAACCAAGCAUGGAGCUCAACACUUUGUGGACGCAAGGCCAUACCCAGUCAAUACUCUGUGUAGAUGCUAACAAAGAUGGUCACGUGGCAUCCGGGGGCGACUGUGGGGAGAUUUGCCUCUGGAGUCCCGACGGAAAAAUCGUCUCGAAGCGGACUUUUCAAUCUGAGUCGUGUGUCAACAGCAUGUGUUUCUCCCCUGCUCAGCCCUCGUUACUUUAUAUCUCAGUGGGGGAAGUCGUCCAAUUGUUUGAUAUCCGCUGUCCGAUGGAUUCCUCGAUGGCUCGAUUUGCGUACAAUAAGGAUGAUAUUAACCAGCUCGCCAUCGAUCCCAAAGAUACUUUUCUAGCGGCAUGCGACGACGACGGGGUAGUGAAAAUCAUCGACGUUCAAAAUCGUAAAGUGUUCAAGACGUUAAAGGGGCACGAUAACAUCUGCUCCAGUGUUGCGUUUCAUCCACAGGUGCCCCGCGAGAUGGCAACCGGUGGAUUCGAUUGCCUCGUGAACACCUGGGACAUCUCUAAAGGGCGCCCUCUGGUGUCCUUAAACAUGCAAGAGAUGAUUUCGGCCGAGGAGAGUGCCGAUGAAGCAGCUAGCCCGUACACCAUCAACCCACCAUUCAUUCAUUCCGUCAAGUUCUCUAGGGACGGUGGUCUGCUUGUUUGCGGGCUGGAGAAUGGACAAGUGCAACUCCUUGAUAGAAAGGGACGGCGAAACUUGCAGCCGAGACAAGCUUUGGUUGGACACAGCCUUGGCGUGACACAAGUUUGCUUCUUGCCGGAAGCUCCAGGGCAAAGUAAAGACUUGCUCUUAUCGGCAGGAAACGAUUGCAAGUUGCUUGUUUGGGAUCUGAACGUCAACCCCGAACAAAAACAUUCUCAAGAUAUCACAGCGGAAAAACCUUCAGAGAGCACCGGCGGAGGUCAGACGUCUAAUAAUCCUGACGUCAUUUUGGAAGCUGAAACUGUGGAUUCGAGAACUGACAAGUUAAGCGACAGUUCUCAUGAUGACUGUACGCCAGACUCGCCAAGUAAAAGAUCGCCGAUUAUUAGCCUUGAACACAAGGAGAAGAUUAACUGGGUCAGACCAGUACAGUCAUCAGGUGGCAAAAGUAUGGUUUUUGUGGCGGAUGUUUCAAAAAAUCUUUCGGUAUACCAAUGGUAGCGUUAAAGUUAUAUUAACCCCCCUCCCCCCAGUGCCUAACGGUUAAACCAGCUAGGAGAAAAAUCCUUGUGACUAAACCAUGUAAGGUUUUACUUAUGAAAAUCGUGUUGGUAAUUGAUCAACUGUGACGUGUCAUUUAAAAGCACCGAGUUCAAACUCUGGUGAUUCUGAUCAGCAGAGUAUAGGUUCAAGUCCCUGACAUGAUAUCUGUGUCCUUUAAACGCAAGACACUUAACCAUGAUGCUUCGUACUUCAGAUGGGAAGUAAAGUCAUUGUUCCCAGGUGUUGUGUACCGCCUGUAAAAGAACCCACUUCACUUGUUCGAAAAUAGAAGGGCUUCGCCCCGGUGUUCCUGGUUUGAUUGCGCCACAUUAACUUGUUAACCAUACAUAGUGCUAUACAUGUAUGAUGUAGUCCGACAUACCUUGCAGGAAAAUACUUGUUUAAAGCGCCUUGAGCGUCACUAAGUGCAUUAAAGUUCACCGAGGGCAUUUAUGCGUUUAUUAUAUUAAUAUCUUUUUAACAUUUUAUCACAACUCUUGAACACAGGUUUUACUUUGUAAAUCACCGAUUCUUUAUUUUUGUCCUAUCAAGCUAGCAUAAUUAUUUUUUUCUCGUAUAUUUGUUUCAUUUGUUUACACAAUUCUUAGAUACAAAGGAAACCCAAAACUAACAUACCUUUCUUUAAGCUGCAAGACGAAAAAAAAAAUAAAAA